AUGAUCUCUGCUGUACUUUUUAUUACUCUGACGACGACAGAAAUGGUCUCGCGUGACUCCCGUUAUGUACACCGGCGCUGGUGUUUGGAGGACGCCACGCUGACGGUGCAGCACCCGAAGUUGGAGCUCCUCGUCGACUUUGACGAUCCAUCGAACUUCACAUUACCGGCGAAUGCCCCAAACACGUUGGGUGUACGCCGAGCGGCGGCUGCUGGGGGAUUUGCGGUUGGCGGCGGAGUGACGGCCGGUGGGCUUGGAUUUGGACCGGAGGAUGAUCUUCUUGCGGAUUGGCGGGAAAUUGGGGUGCCACCGCUGACAGAUGAAUAA